UUGACUCGCCUCAACAAUAGCCUUUCGCAGCGGGUUUCUACAAGGCAGCGGCAAGACCAAGUACUGCCAACCUCAACCUUUAAAAAAAAUCCGAACUUUUAAAAAUUUGGCCAAACAAACUUGAAAGAAUCUAUAAAACCGGCCUGUUAGAAAAACAUCUUUUAUUUUAGUAAGGUUCCGUGCUGGAAAUACGAUUCCAUUUUGAAAAAAAGUUACUUGCCGUCUCAGCAGUUUUAAGUGGUAGGUUUUCAGUCCUUGAAAGGCAGCAAAAACAACCAUCAAAGCAAACAGACAACAAAUACUCAUUUGACAGCUGAUUGACAGGAGAACAGGAUUGACGUACAGGUGUGUGUGGCCGGUGUGCGUGCUAUCUAACAUGUCUUACGUGCUGGUUUAUUGGGAGGAGCCCCCUUCAACUUCAAUCGUCCACAAGUCCAAAGUUAUUGGCGGCGUCCUGAUUGGUGCUUUGCGGCUUAUUGUGUGGGGAAAGGAGCAGAUCCAAGGGAAAAUUCUUAGAGUGGGGACCAUGCCGGUUUUGAAACAAAUUGUGGUGACGGUGGACGGAGAGGUGUCCGACCCAUCGCGAGGACCAAAUGGAGAAGUAGCAAAGCGGCGGCGUGACCUGCUCGACGAGCGACAGCGGCGGGCAGUCGUACACCGCACUGCGGCGACAGCUGCAAGGGCACACUUCUUGUACGGAGUUACAGCCGAUGCGGCCCAGAACAAUGACGCACCGGCCCCUGCUGCGCUCGGAAACUAUUUCUUCUUCCCUCCGAAUGCUUCUCCAGAGGAAAUGCUGCGUUUGGUUCCGUUACCUUUGACGAAGGAAAACCUAAGGGAAAUCGUUCGACGACUUCCGUGUUUGCGCGAACCACAAGCUGGAGAUGAAUCUAUGUUGAAUUUAGGUGGAACCACAUACCCCGUUUAUCUACCGUCCAAAACGGUUUACAGCGUCACAAAGAACCACAAAGGUGACCCUAACGUACUGUUCCGGGAAUUACUGCUUCGCUGCGUACCUCCAACGGUACUGGCUCUACCCUGGAUCACCGCGGCAGGGACAGCGAAUUCCGUUGGACUGCCAAGGAACGUUCUGAAGGGAGUUGCAUAUUAUGUUGGAACCAAAACUGAUGGCUGCAUCAAAAGCCCCUCCAAAAGCGCAUGGAACCUCAUCAGAGACACGAAGGCAAACCCAAGCGUGCGCGCGGCUCUGGAAAAGCUGCUUCGGCGAUCCGUACCAAACCACCAAGGCGCAGUUGUUCACGCUCAAGCCACAGUGACUGCAGCUCCACCACCACUGCAGCACCCUGGUUACGCUGAGGGCGGCGAUGCACAAGGUUCAUUCACGGGCGACAUCACCAUGAACCUACCGCCAGGGCCAGCCGCCACACCUGUUGAGGAACCAUGGCACACGCUCGGGAAUGCGAUGCGGGCGCUACAUGAACAAGAUCAGCACAGCACUUAAAUUUUUGUGCUCCUCUUUGUUUUUGUUUUUGUUUUUGUUUAAAUAAUUGAGAAAUUUAUGUUUUUUCGUUACUGUUUUGGAGGACGUGAUUCAGUUCACAUAACGAUGAAUAUCGAUUGUAAGUUUAUUUUUCAUUUGCUUUAAGUUUAAAUUGACAUAUUUUCGGGCUCGGAGAUGCUGACGCUACAUGAACUAGAUCUCUACAGCACUUCAACUUUUGUGCUCCCCUUUGUUUUUGUUUAAAUUGAGAAAUUUAUAAUGAUUUUUCGUUACUGUUUUGGAGGAUGUGACUCCGUUCAAGAUCAAUUUGAAGUUUGUUUUUCAUCUGUCUUAAGUUAAAAUCGACAUAUUUUCGGUUACCCUGACAAAUGAUGAAAUAUAACGUUAUAUAAAAGUUCAUACAA